AUGUUUCUAUCAGCUAUGCCCUUGCAUAUACUUCUUGUGUCACUGUGUAUGACCAUGAUCUCGUGCGCUCGUCAAAAUCGCCGCGUGGAACCUUCGAUCCUGAGCAACGAUGCGAUUCAGAAUGUGAGGGGUCAUGCGGAAGAAAUGGCAUCUACCAGCUGGGAAUAUGGUGUGCUCAUGCAGGGACUGUUGGAGCUCGAGUGGCCUGUGCUGUCGGUGCUCACGCCAGGAUCUAUCCCACCGCCAUCGAUGUUAGAGUAUGGCGAGGCAGCUGAUGUGAUUAAUUAUGCUACGCAAGUUGUCGCAAAUAAGAGUGCGGGUACGCUGCCACUCGCGGAUGGACAUGGUUCGACCGCUGACCCUGCAAGCCUUGGAGUCGGAGUGCUUUUGGCCAACUGGACUCGCCCUAACUCUUCCGAUAUCAGCUUCGCGCAAGCUGCGGCUGAUCAGCUGGAGUUCCUUCUCAAUGUUGCUCCGCGAGGGGCUCACGGCGUUAUCUCUUCCAUCGAUUCCGAGGUACAACUAGUGGCCGACUUUACCUAUAUGGUACCUCCCUUCAUCGCAUACUACGGUGCACUCAAGGGUGGUAAGGAAGGAAAUGCAUUGAUUCAGGAUGCCUAUAAUCAAAUCAACCUUUAUCAUGACGGGUUAUAUGAUGCGAAUGUAAGUCUUUGGAGACAUCAAGCCAAUGGAACAAAUCCGGAUUCCGGACAUUGGGCAACUGGUGAGCCUGUACUCAAGAGAACUCUGUCAAUACAUAUGGUGCUGACGUAUAUCGAUAUCGUAGGCAACGCCUGGGCUGCCGCCGGUAUGCUGAGGGUGAUGGAUACGAUCAACAAUGCGUGUGAUGCUGAGGACUUCGUUCUUGAGCGUAACAAUUUGAUACACUGGAUCUACGAGGUCUUGGAUGGCGUUUGGAAGCAACAAGGAGAGAAUGGCACUCUGUAUAACUACAUCGACAAUGACUUAGGCUUAUCUGAUUCCUCGGCUACCGCACUCCUCGCCGCUGUCACGUAUCGCAUGGCCAUUGCAACUGGUGUGCCUUUAUACAUCGACCAUGCGAACAACGCGACGACACUCGUCUUUGAUAGCAUCGACGAGGAUGGCUGGCUCUUGAACACUGUCGCCCAAUUCACUUUGGGAGGGCACACGUCCAGCUCUUCUGCUCAGACCUUCGUGCUGUUACUUCAAUCCGCUUAUCGAGACUAUCGAGCCUCGCUUAAAGUCUAA